GGCUCCCCGGCCCGGGCUCCAGUCCAGGGUGCGGACCGGCCGCGGCGCGCGCCCACCCCAGUGCCAAGGGGGAGGAGAGGCCGGUCCCGGGGCGCUCUUGUCUGCCCCGGGGUGGGAUCGCAGGGCGAGGGAUCCGCAUUGCAGGUGCACCAGGAGCGCCCCGGGGCCUAGCCCGGCUUUGUCUGGGAUGCUGUGGGGAGGAGGCCGUCUGAAUCCACAUCGCCUUUUUAAAUGCUUGUUACCACCCGGGGAACCUUAGAGACCCUCCCUGACAAGUUGUAUCGCCUCCCGUCCUGGUAGCCUUUCCUAUUUUUCAGUGCUGUACAAGCGUCUUGAAUUACUCUGGUAGCUUUUCCAGAAAGACCCAUGACUUCACCACAUUUCUCGAGUUACGAUGAAGGUCCUCUGGAUGUCAGCAUGGCAGCCACAAACCUGGAGAACCAGCUGCACAGCGCACAGAAGAACCUCCUGUUCCUUCAGCGGGAGCAUGCCAGCACGCUCAAGGGGCUGCACUCCGAGAUCAGGCGGCUGCAGCAGCACUGCACAGAUUUAACAUAUGAGCUGACAGUCAAAAGUUCGGAACAGACAGGAGACGGGACUUCUAGAAGCAGUGAAUUAAAGAAAAGAUGUGAAGAGCUGGAAGCCCAACUGAAAGUGAAAGAGAACGAAAAUGCUGAGUUGUUGAAAGAACUGGAGCAGAAAAAUGCAAUGAUCACAGUGCUGGAGAACACCAUCAAGGAGCGGGAGAAGAAGUACCUGGAGGAGCUGAAGGCCAAGAGUCACAAGCUGACCCUGCUGUCUAGCGAGCUGGAGCAGCGGGCCAGCACCAUCGCCUACCUGACCUCCCAGCUGCACGCCGCCAAGAAGAAGCUCAUGAGCUCCAGCGGGACCUCAGAUGCCAGCCCGUCAGGGAGCCCCGUGCUGGCCAGCUACAAGCCAGCGCCCCCCAAAGACAAGCUACCUGAAACGCCUCGCCGCCGCAUGAAAAAGAGCCUCUCAGCCCCCUUGCACCCGGAAUUUGAAGAGGUCUACAGAUUCGGGGCAGAGAGCAGGAAACUCCUUUUGCGGGAACCAGUGGAUGCUAUGCCCGACCCCACCCCAUUUCUGCUGGCUAGGGAGUCCGCCGAGGUCCACCUCAUCAAAGAGAGGCCCCUCGUCAUCCCCCCCAUCGCCUCCGACCGAAGCGGCGAGCAGCACAGCCCGGCCCGCGAAAAGCCGCACAAGGCCCACGUCGGGGUGGCGCAUCGGAUCCACCACGCCACCCCGCCGCAGGCCCAGCCCGAGGUGAAGACCCUGGCGGUCGACCAGGUGAACGGAGGCAAGGUGGUGAGGAAGCACUCAGGGACGGACAGAACUGUGUGAAGCCCGCCGUGCCCCACCCCGCGCUGUCCAUGCACUGUGAGCACCACUGGGAAAUCUCAGCCACACCUUUUCUGUUUAAUCCCAUGCAUGCCAAACAAACACUUUUCACACCUACCGACCCAUUCUCCUUCUGCUUCUCUUGCCCUCUUCUUCACACCAAAAUAUGAUCGUGUCCCUGCUGCAGAAUAUGUAUUUCCUAAUUGCUGUGGCCAAACGCCUGUGUGCUGAAUCGCUUGCUUCUGAUCCCGCUCCGUGUAACCUAAGUGCGCUGCAGGCAAAGCCCAGGCCACGGCUGCGUCACUACUGAUGUUCACGAUGCCACACAGUCACACACCUAAUUCAUUCUCAAGUCGGAGCAACACAUACCAACCUUGACCUUAUCCUCAAGCUCCAGGGCAGCCUGGCCGAGCAGCCCCUGCUCCCUCCUGGAGACCCUUGUCACCUCCCAAGCUCCUCCUGGAGACCCCUGUCACCUCCUGACCAACCUUUCCCAGGGCGGCACUGAUCACCGAGCAGCCGUGCGUGUAUCUCAAGGAACUAAAUAAGAUGACGCUACUCCUCAUAGCACCACAACCUGAAUGUGUGUUCAUAUUUUUUUGUUAGUUUUAUCCAAAAUGUUUAAGAUCCCAACAAACUUUAUUUUCUAAACCUGC